AUGGAUGCAUUUGGUGUGGCGUCUACGUCGUUUCAGCUCCUCCAAAUCUUGUUCGAGCUUCGCACGUGUUUAAAACACCAACCCCUCAAGUUUAAUUCCUGGGACGAAGAGCUAUCCUGUCUUGAUAGAACAAUCACUUCUGUCCGGGAGAACCCAAAGCUGCACACCAUACUAGUGAAGACCAUCUUAGAGAGGGUGGUAGCUAAGGCCAAGGCACUGAAGAACCUCCUCGAACGGCUCUCUCCGGUACAUCAGAAGAAGAAAUUCGACAUUCAAAAAAUUACCAAUAUUUUGACUGCCAAGUCGAACGAGUCCCAAAUCCUGAAGCAUUUUGCCGAUUUGGAGCGUUACAAGACGACGUUGAUGCUUGCCAUCAGCACAAUCAACUCCUCCAACCUCGAAAACCCCGAAAAGACUUCCAUGUGGAACACAAAACCCCGAAAAGAUAGACGAACUUUGGCGUUAAGCAGACCCAAAGACCCUCUCGCCGACCACCCUAACUGGAAGAAAAUUCUAUGGGAGCUCAUCCACACCUCCGCUGAGCAACCUCAACCUCAGCCUAUGAACAACCAUCAGUACGAGGUACGUCAGCGUCUGGAGCAAACCCCAACGCCGACAGCCAGUAACCCGACUUCAACCGGUGCCAGCGAUACACGAGGCAAAUCUGCCGCCACCGUGGUAAAUGUUAUGUCUGGAAAUAUUUCAAAGGGGAACAAGUGUUCUCUGUCAAUCAGUCACCCGUUGGGGGGGACAAUUGAAGAAAACCGGUUCGAAGGGCAUCAGAGAUUGGAUGGUUUUCACGGGGAAGGAGUAAUGAAAGCGUACAUCACCAAUGUCCAAGCAGCAGAGCUGAUGGAUAUAGACGAAAAGGAGGAAGUGGAAGCGGAACGACAACCCUCUCGUCGCAUGCCUUUUCAUAACGUUGAUUCAAUGGACGUGGAUGGGAAUGAAUGA